CACUGCUGUCCUAAGAACGGGGUCAUGAACUUUGUCGCCAGGCACGCUUUGACAGACACAGUGCUAUUGUUUUGGUGUGAAAAACUAUGAAAUUGACCAGAUAAAUAAUAGAUUCAGAGAUGGAUAUGAAGGGAACCUUGUCAGCGGAGAAAGUGCCAUUCACAAAGGAAAAGAGUAUACUGAAUGACAUUGCUCAGGAAACUAAGGAUAAGCCUGGCUAUGGAAACCUUACUGAAGAAGAACUUAUGGAGAAAGUAGAAACUAUACUGUUGGAGAGAAUAAAAAAUGGAGACAAAAAAGCUUAUUUCCAGCUUGGAUUAUUUUAUUAUGAACAGGAUAUGUUUGAGAAGGCGAGGACAUAUUUUGAGAGAUCUAAAGAUUUUGAUUACCAGUCCCUGUACAUGCUAUCAUGUAUGUUGUAUGAUGGAAUUGGUGGAGAGGCUGAUGAAAAAUGUGCAGUAGAGUAUUUAAAGAAGAUUGCCCAUUCCGAUUCCAGACAAACUCAACAUAUCAAAAGAGCAGCACAGUUUAAUGUAGGGAGAGCUUUCUUUGAAGGAUAUGGGGUUGGUAGACAGUCUGAUGAAGAGGCAGAAAGGUACUGGUUAAUGGCAGCUGAUGAUGGAAAUCCUAGAGCCAGUAUACUUGCUCAGACUAUAUUAGGGAUGUAUUACUCACGUUCUGAUACUCAGGAUCUUAAGAAAGCUUUCUUCUGGCAUUCAGAGGCUUGUGGAAAUGGAAGUAUUGAGUCUCAGGGUUGUUUAGGGAUUAUGUAUGAAUUUGGAAUUGGUGUGAAACAAGAUAUGGAUUCAGCAUAUGUUUGUUUGAAGGAAGCUUCAGAUCGUGGAAAUGUUUACGCCAUGGGAAAUCUAGUCGGUCAUUAUUACAGAAGAAAACUCUAUACCAAAGCUGCUGAUUUGGCUUCAAGAGUUGCUCAGUUCCAUGAUGUUCCAUUACUGUCCAAUGAAACUGGCUGUCUACCUGGUUAUAUUUCUAAGGGCAUUGCUUUGGGAUGUUUUUACUAUGCUAGGUGUUUACAUGAAGGACAUGGAGUCAAGAAAGAACCUGCUGAUGCCCAAAAGUAUUACUCAAAAUCUUAUCAAUAUGACCCAGAUGUUUGUGCAAGGCUACAAAACAUUACUCAACAUGGGGUUAUAUAGAAUAACAACAGUCUAUUCCUGCACCACUCAAGAUAUAGGAGGAAUUAUCAUACAGAUCACUGCCUUACCUUCAUGUAUGAAUGAUGUGUGAUGAGAACUCAGGUUAUUAGAUGGAUGGCAACAGAAGAUGAUUUCUUUGUUAAUGGUGCAUGUCUGAUUUAAACAUUUAGUAUACAAUUGCAUAAUGUAUUAAUGAAUCUUCAUUAGAUAUUGAUCUGGCUGUUUUUUGGAUUUGAGUUUUUAUGGAUUUUAAGUCAAAAUUUCUGAAACAGUAAAAAUUUAUGACUGAAUUUAUUUCAAAGCAUUGAAUUAUCAGUGUGAAUUGUUUUGUUGGACCUUAAUUGAAACAUGAGGUAUCAUUUGCUGAAGAGAUAAAAGUAAGCAUAAAUGGUCUAUAUAAAACAAUGUCUAUAAAUGCAUAUAAAAUUUAUUAUGUUAUUAUUUUCAUUAUUUUUUCUCUGACAUAUUGUUAUUUGAUUUAUUACUGUGAUAUUGUUAACGUUAAGUUUUUGAUAUGCUUAAAUGCAGCAUUAUAGCUAUACUUUCCUCAUUGUGGAAUGAUGUGUCUCCCCAAAGUAUUGCACAAUGGAACAAUUUUUAUCUAGAACUUCUAGGCAUAGAUGGUUUUUAUCAUCACUUCUAAAUUCUGUAUUCAGUUCUGACAGAAUUUUUGUGAUUUUACUUUUUUCUAUUAAUUAUUGUAACUUGAGAAUCAUUUUUUAUUUCUUUUUUCUUUGUUUGGUGGUUUAUUUUCUGAAAUAUUCUGAGCAAAAUGUAUGUAUGUUUUAACCAUGAUUUAAUCACAUUUGACUAUAGUUUAAAAACAGUAAUAUUAACACCAAAAAAUAAAUUAUCAGCAAAAUUUGCAAAGGUAAAAUGAUUAUAAGAGACACUUUUUUUUGUGUGAAGAAUUCUGAAUUUUGGCAAAAGUAGUAUCAUCUUUUUUUUUAAAUUUGAUUAAAACAGUUGUUUCCUUUUUAAAAAUGCAGUUUAUAUUCAAAUACUUCAUCUUCACAGAUAAUGAGAUAUUUAAUCAUCUCUGUAUUGAACAUUCACUGAUUAUAUAGAAAUGGCUGUUGUACUUAAAUGACAAAUUAAGCAGCACUUUAGUUUUGCAGAUUUUAAUUCCUCUAUGUUUUUAUAUGACAUGUACAUUUUUAGGGGAUAUUUGGAUAUAAUCUUAUAAAGAGAAAUAUAUAUUAAUUAAUGUUUUAAGUAUAAUUUUUUUUGUUAUAAUCCUUCAUGGUGAUUGUUGUUUUUCAUUAACUAAGUUUGCCAAAUAUUGCUGUGAUUUUGACUUCAGAUUCUGCUGUGAUUUAACAUUUAAUUUUUAUGAUAAGAUUUUGCUAAACUGGUUCUAUGAGAUUUACAAUAAAUGUUGUGUCAAAUGAUUUACUGCUGAGAAACUAAUUAUUUUAUGUGCAAUUUAUUUGUAUAGAUUUUGAUAUUUACAUGAAGGCUGAAAGUUUAGACUAAUAUUUAGCUUGUAAAACAUUAUUUAUUUUUGUUUAUUUUAGCAAAAUAAAUGUGAGAAUAAGUUGAUAAUGGCUCAUAUGUCAUCAUUACUGAUAUUAUUCCUUGUAACAUGUAAAUAUAAAUGUCUACUUAUCUCAAUUUAAGUUUUAAAACCCUUCACAGAAUGAGGAGUAAAAAGUUGUUUUGUAUAGAUUUUACAUUUUUCAAUUAUCUAUAUUGAUUUGUUGCUAUAGUAUAUUGGUCAGUAUGCAUUCUAGUAC